AUGUCACAACCACAAAUCCCAACAAUCAGCAACAAAUUCCUAACAGUCAAAAGUUUCAAGAAAGCCGCACAACAAGAUGCUAAGGCAGCCGGCUUCACUUUUAGUGUAUCAUCAUCAAAAAUGUCACGUGUUGGCAAAGUCAAUCGCACUCCUUUUGUUAUCUUGCAGUGCACAAUGAGAGGUGAAUAUAGAAAUAAUCACGAGAUUACUAAAGAAACUCGAAAAAGAAAAAAAUUUACGAAACGUCAAAACUGUCCUGUCAUUUUACGGGUUGUUUUGAAUGAGGAUGCUGGCGUUUGG